ACAAUGAAACGAUCGAUCAAUGGAAAAGCAAUACAUCGGCGGGCUUUUUCCGUUUUUAGUUGACUGUUUUAAAGAGCGACGUACGGAAAAAUUACACUUUUUCGCGGUGUGCGCAGUCUUUGAGUUCAUUUAUAUUCUGUAAACAGAAAAGUCGUGUUGCAUUCCACUGACGUCACUGCGGACGCCAUUGACGUCAGUGACGAAUGAUAUCGUUGCCAGGGCAACCAGAGUCGAUUUUAAUUCGACCCGGAAACUGCACAUCAAUUGCAUUCUCGCUGAUAAAUAGAAAAACAACUAAUACUAAAUUUUUUAAUCCACUCGAUAACUUAACAUUUAUAGAUGUUAGAUCCAUUUUCAAUGAAUAUUCCUUAACAGCAGUUCUUUCUAAAUCAAAUCAUAAUUGAUUUACCUCUGACUCCUCUCACGACCAAGGUCAUUUGCGAAACUCUGAAAACAUCUCGUCAAAUACAUUUGCGGAUAGCGACAAAAGAACACGGUACGUGCGAAGGAAAGAAUGGCGACUACUUUGGCAGGGAAAAUCGCUUUUGUCACAGGUGGAGGUUCUGGGAUUGGUAGGGCUGCUUGCAAAGCUCUCGCAAAAGAAGGGGCAAAAGUCAUCGUGACUGAUCAGAAUAUCAAAAAUGCUGAAGAUACUGUUGCAUCAUUAACUGGUUCAGACCACGUUGCUCUGAAUCUCGAUGUUUCCGAGUGCGAGAGCGUUGAGACAGCGUUCAAAAACAUAGACAGUUUUUACACUGAUCCGCCAACAAUUCUCAUCAAUUCAGCUGGCGUAACAAGGGAUAAUUUCCUGUUGAAACUAAGCCCGAUAGAAUUCCAGAGAGUUCUGCAAGUCAAUUUGACAGGUACUUUUUUGGUGACACGCACAGGAGUUCAAAAAAUGCUCGAUGCUACUUCCACAGCCGGAGCAUCGGUCGUCAAUAUUAGUUCUAUUAUAGGAAAAACCGGCAACAUCGGACAAUGCAAUUAUGCCGCCUCCAAGGCCGGAGUCGAAGCUUUGACGAAAAGCGCGGCUAUGGAAUUUGGAAAGUUUGGUAUUCGAGUAAAUGCAAUUUUGCCAGGCAUAAUUGACACAGAUAUGAUCAAAACAAUUCCUGAUGAGGUGAAAAAUAUGUUUUUAAAAAGGAUACCAUUGGGAAGGAUAGGAAAAGCGGAAGAAGUUGCGGAACUGAUACUCUUUUUGUCCAGCGACAGGAGCGCUUAUGUGAAUGGAGCGUCGAUAGAAAUUACCGGAGGGCUUCAUUGAUAGCUGGUUUAUCGACGACGCAGGGAAUUUUUCAUUACUCAACUUUUUUUAAUAAACAUCUUUGACGAAUCGAUUAUUUUACACAGAAAAGUUUCUUAUAAACACAAGCAAAUUUGAA